AUGUCACGAUUAGAUGGCAAAGAAUUCAGAAAAUCAUUCAAGUUGGAGAUAAAGUUAUCGGUAUUGCUGUUCGGAGACCUGUUUACUGCAAUCACCUGUUCGCACGUUUUGAGAACCCCUAGUUCAGGAGUUAUAAUUGAGUGCAAUUUUCGGCUGCUAGAGGAACUGGAACAGGGUCAGAGAGGGGGCGGAGAUGGAACUAUCAGCUGGGGUCUCGAAAAUGAUGACGAUAUGACCCUCACACAUUGGACCGGCAUGAUUAUCGGCUCACCUAGGACACCGUACGAGAAUCGAAUGUAUAGUUUAAAAGUAGUAUGCGGUCAAAAAUAUCCGGAUGAUGCGCCGACUGCACGCUUCAUCUCUAGAAUCAUUAUGACCUGCAUAGGUUCUACUAGUUCUAGCUUGGUCGACAACCGUGCCGUUCCAAUACUGGCAAGAUGGCAGCGCGAGUAUACCAUCAAAUCGGUGCUGCAAGAGUUGCGUCGUCUGAUUACGCUCAAGGACAACUUGAAGUUAAUACAACCGCCAGAGGGCAGCAGCUUCUAA